UACCAGUUCCUUUUUCAUCUUCUCCAUCCGACUCGUUUAAAAUUCCGCUUUCAACUAUACCCGGAAAUGGCAAAUCCACCUAGCUCAUUUGAUCUCCCCAGAGAUGUUGUCAUAGUAAUGGAUGGAUUGAAGGACCCUUCACUGGAACUGCUUGCAUGGGUGCUGGAGCAUGUUAUCACAGACGCGGCUUGGACCAUUACGGUCCUCCAAGUAUCGCCAUGGCUUAAUAUCCCGCUAUCUUACAAAAAGUGGUCCGAGGAUGUGAUGAUGAACAUACACAAUCUCUGCCGAAAUCGUGGUAUAGUCCCACAAGUUACAACUAUAAUGGGCUACCCUCUGCGAUUACUUGUUGUUGAGCGCAUAGCAAGUCUGCAUCCUACCCUGCUGGCCAUUGACAGGCACCAUAGCAAGAAAGACGUCGCAUUCUAUGCUGCAAAAGUCUUUUGCGACAUUGUUGCCAUGAAUGAUCACGGAGAGUAUUAUCUGAUCAAAGCCCGGGCUCGUGAGGGCGCCAGUGCGCAUUACAGUUUCACCGAACAGCCACCAGGACCUACUCCCCAGCUUUGAUUCCGACCAUUCUGAAACCUAGACUGUCUGUAAGUUUUGGAAGGAACAAGCGGAGAGGUUUGAACUUUGAAGCAUAAUAACUAAGUCUAUUACUACUACAUAUAUAGUUCCUCAGUUUCUCUCAAUGGAUGGUUAUGAUGAGAUAUCACAAGUACUGUUCUUAAAUAAAUAUUGUAAGUUCAAUUUAUGUUCGAUAUUGCAGAGGAGAUAAGUAAAAAUAUAGUAGAACUUUAGUGAUCAGAAGAGAUUACAGAGUGAGUUUGAAGCUCUUCAUAUUGCAGCAUUUGCAUGGAUGCUUGCAUCAUACAUCAAUAACUUACACGCAUUUGUAUUAAA